CGGGUCUGGAGCGCGGCCGCCGCUGUCACUGUUGGUGCGGGCGCGUCGGGGCCGGGCCGGGCGCUGUAAAUGGCGGCGGAGGGAGGCGGAGCGGCGGCCACGCUCAGCCCAGAUCCCCCGAAACUUUAGGUUCGAAGCCCCACAACUUUCCGGGAAGCGCUGCCGCUCCGGAGGCGUGGACGGAAGGGGAAGCCGAGGCGGGAAGUCUGGGGGAAUCGGCGGGGAGCCGGGGAGACUCGAACCCGCGGCGGGGGCGGAGUCCACCAGUGCCUCUCGUCUCCGCGGCCCCCGCCUCUUUUUCUGCACCCUCCCGGCGGCCGCGGCCAGGGUCGGAGCCGCAGCCGCAGGCGCGCGCUGCGCGGAGCCCGGGACUGCGCCGGGCCUCGCAGGCGGUGGCGCGCCGAGCGCAGCCGGGCUCCCUCCUCGCGACCUCUGGGCCCUGUUGCUUGGGCGCACCUGGCGCCUGUGAGGCCGGGGCCGGCGACUUCGGGAAGCUAGCAGGAGGCCGGGCCACGCGCAGCCCUUGCCGGCCCAGGGUCCUGGGGCCGGGCCCCGAGUAGUGCAUGCGGGGCGGGGCGGCCGUGAGCCGGAGGCGAAGAUGGAAGGCUUAACGCUGAGCGAUGCGGAGCAGAAAUACUAUUCAGAUCUCUUCUCCUACUGCGACAUUGAGAGCACCAAGAAGGUGGUGGUCAACGGGCGGGUGCUGGAGCUGUUCCGGGCCGCGCAGCUGCCCAACGACGUGGUCCUACAGAUCAUGGAGCUUUGUGGUGCAACAAGACUUGGUUAUUUUGGAAGAAGUCAGUUCUACAUUGCUUUGAAACUUGUAGCUGUUGCCCAGUCUGGUUUCCCUUUAAGAGUGGAAAGUAUAAAUACAGUAAAGGACCUUCCUCUGCCAAGAUUUGUUGCUUCAAAAAAUGAACAGGAAUCUCGCCAUGCAGCCUCAUAUUCUUCAGAUUCUGAAAAUCAAGGGUCAUAUUCUGGUGUAAUUCCCCCACCACCUGGCAGGGGGCAAGUGAAAAAGGGAUCCGUAAGCCAUGAUACGGUUCAGCCUCGUACAUCUGCAGAUGCACAGGAACCUGCCUCCCCAGUAGUUUCACCACAGCAAUCCCCACCAACUUCUCCACACACAUGGAGGAAGCACAGCCGUCAUCCCAGUGGUGGGAAUAGUGACAGGCCUCUUGCGGGACCUGGGCCAUUUUGGUCUCCCUUUGGUGAAGCACAAUCAGGUUCUUCUGCUGGUGAUGCAGUGUGGUCAGGGCAUUCCCCACCUCCACCUCAAGAAAACUGGGUCAGUUUUGCAGAUACUCCACCAACCAGUACUCUUUUAACCAUGCAUCCUGCUUCUGUCCAGGACCAGACAACAGUACGAACUGUAGCAUCAGCUACAUCUGCCAUUGAAAUUCGUAGGCAAUCCAGUAGUUAUGAUGAUCCCUGGAAAAUAACAGAUGAACAAAGACAGUAUUAUGUAAAUCAGUUUAAAACCAUUCAGCCUGAUCUAAACGGAUUUAUUCCAGGAUCUGCAGCUAAAGAGUUUUUUACAAAAUCAAAACUUCCUAUUCUUGAACUUUCUCAUAUUUGGGAACUCUCAGACUUUGAUAAAGAUGGUGCAUUGACACUGGAUGAGUUUUGUGCUGCUUUUCAUCUGGUGGUUGCUAGGAAGAAUGGCUAUGAUUUACCAGAAAAACUUCCUGAAAGCUUAAUGCCCAAACUGAUUGAUUUGGAAGAUUCAGCAGAUGUUGGGGAUCAGCCAGGUGAGGUAGGUUAUUCAGGCUCUCCUGCUGAAGCUCCUCCAAGCAAGUCACCAUCGAUGCCGUCACUAAACCAGACAUGGCCUGAGCUGAAUCAGAGCAGUGAGCAGUGGGAGACAUUUAGUGAACGCUCUUCAAGCUCACAAACUCUGACCCAAUUUGAUUCUAACAUUGCACCAGCUGAUCCUGAUACUGCUAUUGUUCAUCCAGUUCCCAUUCGUAUGACUCCAAGCAAAAUCCACAUGCAGGAAAUGGAACUUAAAAGAACUGGCAGUGAUCAUACAAAUCCCACUAGCCCAUUACUUGUGAAACCAUCUGACCUUUCAGAAGAAAAUAAGAUAAAUUCAUCAGUGAAAUUUGCUUCUGGUAAUACUGUAGCAGAUGGUUACAGUAGUUCAGACUCUUUUACUUCUGACCCAGAACAGAUCGGGAGCAAUGUAACUCGUCAAAGAUCUCAUUCAGGAACAUCGCCUGAUAACACUGCACCACCACCUCCCCCUCCAAGGCCACAGCCCUCUCAUUCCAGAUCAUCGUCUUUAGAUAUGAAUCGGACCUUUACAGUCACCACAGGACAACAACAGGUUGGAGUUGUUGCCCAUCCUCCUGCAGUGCCUCCAAGACCACAGCCCUCACAGGCUCCUGGUCCCGCUGUGCAUCGCCCAGUGGAUGCCGAUGGCCUCAUAACUCACACUAGUACCUCACCUCAGCAGAUACCAGAGCAACCAAAUUUUGCAGAUUUCAGCCAAUUUGAAGUAUUUGCUGCAUCAAAUGUAAAUGAAGAACAAGAUGAUGAAGCCGAGAAACAUCCAGAAGUCCUGCCGGUCAGUUUUCAAGGGCUUGGCUAAUUUUCUGCAGGCAGUCACUUCCCGUACCAUGUUGAGUCAACAGAGCAGAUAUUAGAGGUGACAUCAGUGAGUAAAAUAUUCCCUAGGUCAGUGCUUCUCAACUUUUUUAUUGACCUCCAAUGUCUGCUGGUUGCAGUGUAAUGCUUACUGAGUAUCAGAGUCUGGUGGCGGUGGGGGAUUGAUACCACAUGAAAAGACACCACCACCUGGCUGUGGCUAAAACACUGCUUUGGGGGUUUCCAUCUUAAUGCUAAGCAUCUGACUGCGUGAUUUGGUGAAGAUUUCCAUGUGAUAAAAGGCCAUGGUUACCAUAGCUCCACUCAUUACAACUUUUCCACAAGGGGACCUUCACUAGAUGUAACUUUUAGAUCUAAUUACAACUUUAACUAUAACCAAAUUUCAGCCAAACUUCUAAUUAAAGCAUUUACAAUUUGUAUGAGACUAAGUUGCCUUAGCUAAGCAAAGACAAUAGGAUAUCAAAAUUUAAUAUUCAGUGUUCUAGGACAUUCUGUUGUAGUUCCAAUGGCAAGAACUUCUCUAGGAAUCUCUGACCUAAAUUGCUGACCAUAAAUGUGGAGUUGGAAAGACCAGAGGAAUUCUGCAGUCUCUUUCAUAUAGAUCAUGGCCAUGGAAAAUUUCCUACCAGCUCCCUUUUCAAACCUAUAACUUUCUGCUGUGCCCAUUAGGGGACUGGGCUGCAUCUAGGAGGGUCAGAGUGGGCAUGUAGAGGUGUGCACAGGGUACCGUACUCACUCCCCUGGGUGGAUGCCUGCCUCUCCCAACCACAAGGACUUCCCAGACUAAGCACUUAGAGGUUCAGUGCAGUGGCUGCAUCCUCACCCUGUCUUCCUCUCCCUCACACAUCUAUUACCUGCAUCCUCGCCCCAUCCUCGUCUCCCUCACACAUCUAUUACCUGCAUUCUCACCCCGUCCUCCUCUCCCUC